CAAAAACUAUGGAUUAUUUUUCUUAAAUCCAUCAAAAGUAAAGGUGUCACUGAGUUUGAGCCUUAUGCUAAUGCAUGGGAAAUACAUUCAAAACACAUAUAUGAUGAUUUUAUUUUUUUAAAUAAUUUUUGGGUCUUUUUUGCCUUUAAUUUGACAGGACAGCAAGGUGAGAAAGGGGGGAAGACAUGCAGGAAAUUGUCACAGGUUGGAUUCAAACCCUGGACCUCUGCGUGUGCCUGCUCUAUCCACUGGGCCACCCCGGCCACAUGAUGAUUUUUAAUUCUCUUAUGUGGCAGUUAACAGGUGAACCCAGGUGUGGACAGAGACAUCGUAGCAACAGGGUGUUUGACUACCAGCGUGUCCCCUCCUCAGUCCCAGCGGAUCCCAGCCCCAUCAAACGGCCCCGACCUUCAUCCUCCUCCUCCUCGUCCUCGUCCACAGUGGCUCUGAGGAUGAAGAGCAGCAGGGCGUCCAGUAGGAACAACAACACACUCAGCCCCUCCUCCAGUAGCAGCAAAGCUAAGUUGAAGAUGGCAGAACUUCUUGCCAUAAAGAGGGAGUUGACAGUGAUCAAGGUUCAGAUCGAUGGCCUGUUGGACUGUGUAGACAAGAUGGAUAAACAGAGGAAGGACUGCUCAGAGUGUCCUCAGAGCAGGGCGCCCAGUGUGUCGGGCUCUCCUCACCGAGGUUCAGUCAGCAGCCUGGAGAGAGAAAGUCCUGAACCAGGAGAGGCCAGCGAGAAUGAGCAGCUGCACUACCAGCACUACUACCCCCACAGGAUAAAGCAGCAUCAGUCUGAUCUGGAGGACGACCUGUGAUUUUGCAGCUCAGAAACAGAAACUUCAACCGAUAACAGCUGGGAUGGAAGAAGCUCCAAGGAGACAUUGAAGAAGCUCCAAGGAGACAUAUCAACUGCAUUCGAGUGACCCUGCUCCACAUCUAAAUCUGUUAUCAUUGCUGUCUUCUAACUCCUGGUUUCCGGUCCACAGUACAAACAAAAUCCCAUGUGUACAUCCUGGUCUGAUAUUCCAUGCUUACAUAUUGACAGAUAGGUCAAAAUAGCUCAACACUUUCUGCUGACAGAUAAUUCGUAACAGCCAGCAAUUAAAAUGGUUGUAUUUUACCCUCCCCAGUGAUCCGACAUCUUAAAAAUGACCAGUUUACCUAUCAAAAAGUAUCACGUUCAUGAUUUAUUUUUGGCAGAUUUUUUUAAAUGUCACAUAAACCAUCAGUCCCUGAUUCUGAAAUCUGUUACAGCAACAAAAAAAAAGGCCAAAAGUAUGUACUAUGAUAUAAAGUAUAUUUCUGUGUAGGCCACUCAAUAGUAUAAUAUAUACCAAAAUUUAAAAAAAGAAAAGAAAAUCGUAAUUGUUAUCAUUUAUUACUCUACCAGUUGCUUACCAUGCUAUCCUUCACUCAGAUCCAUGUUAAUAAAGUCUGUGUGUCAGCAGCUGGCAGCUCCUUAUUAUCACCCAUUUUAUUUACAUCAGGCCCGUUGUUAUUAUGUGUAAUUAGCUGUGUACAGGACUGCAUUAUAGUUCUGUGUUAAAGGCUCAGUGAGCACAGUUUUAUGACUCUUUUAUUUUACUGUCUAAUUCACUCAGGAAACAAGUUAUAAAAUGAUAUAUUGACUCUGACAAUUUCCUGAUAUGAGUAUUAAAGGGGCAGUAAGUGAUUCUGGAGAAAGCCUGUUUCUCUCUUUGAGUUUAUUGCUCUGGCCAGGCCUCCGGUAUGGGAGUCCGACACACUAAUCACUAGGCCAAAACCGCAGUGUUGCAGCGUAACCCUCCAGAACGUCUCUUAUGGCGUUGACGUGUGAUUUUUACAAACUGCACUCGCAGUGUUGUGUGGUGCAGUUCUCACCGUUUUUUGUUUUCAAUUUACAAACCCUGGGCUGUAAAUCACAGAUUUUUUUUCCCCGCACACACAAAAGCGACAGCUGACGCACUGUGAGAAAAUAUUUGCAGAUUUUUACAAAACGUUCAUUGCUUUAGAAUUUCUUACUGCCACUUUAACUCGGAAUAAAAAAUACAUUUUAUUAAUGGAUAUUAAUAGGAAAACGUUUCCACCAUGUAGUAAUGUAUAUGAUAUGACUAAAGCAGUUAUCUUUGGUUUUGUUCGCAGAUAAAGUAGUUUGAUUCAGGUUAGAUAACAAAUCAAUUUGACGGCUUAAACAAUUUGGUUCAGCUAAUGGAUAAGUUUUUGAUUAAUUUGAUGUAAUUUGCCUUAUGGUUUAGUUAAGCAAAUGAAAAAGGCUGCUUCAGUUGUAACUAAAACAUUUUACUUUGACAAGAUCGUUUCAGCAGCGUUUGGUUCAGCCAACACAAAACAUUUUGAAAAAAAAUAUUUAAAUGCGGAGCCGGGGAAGGAGGAAAUAUUUUGAGAAAAAAACACAGAAUUUCUGACAUGAAAGUAGCAAAUUUGCGAGAACAAAAACUUGGAUAUUCACUGAGAUUAAAGUGGUAAAUUUACAAAGAAAAAAGUCACAAAUUUACGAGAAAAAAAGUCGGAAAAAUCCUGUUUUGUUUUUCAAAGAACUAUAGCUUCCAGAUCACAGCAGACGCUGCUGCUGCCAUGCCUUGUUUGUGUUUUUCUAUCUAAAUAUUACCCCCUUCCUUGGCUCUGUAGUUGUUUUUUUUCCUACAAUGGCCCUAAUACGCCGUAGUUGGUUAGCUAAAAGAUAAGGUGUUAAAACUGUUUUCAACAUGCAGGCUAGUGAAUUGGCAUCUUAAAGAGUUUGCUCACUUGUUGACAAAUCAUUCUAGCAGACAAAACUGUUUGCUUCGGGUUAAAAUCCAAAAGAGCUUGAUUAUGGCUGAAUCAGUGAAAUUUACUCUGAGACAGAAAGAAAAAAACAAAAAACAAUUUGUCAUCAUCAGCAGGAGACUGAACUCGAGAUAUCGGUGAUUAGGCACCAAGCGGGUCCCAGACCAGAGAAGUCAUGUCUCGAAAAUGAGUGUUGUGUUAGAUAUUGUUUCUCACUUUCGCUUUGUCACUGUAAAAGAAUUAUCACUUAGCUAUCUCCUUCCUCAAUGCCACCAUCAGUGCAAGAUGAACAGGGAUGUGUAUUACUGCCUCCAACUGACCUUUCCUACAGCACCAGAGGGUUUUAUUUGUUCCACCCAAUGUAGUUAAGAUUGCAGCAUCCAGGGACUGAUGGCACGACAUUUCAACAUAUAUCUGUAUUAACAGAAUUAAGAUAAAAUAUGUUCUUCCAUCCCAGAGUCAAGAGAAAAUGUGUUGUACUGCACAAUACUCUGAAUAAGCCAGUGUGCAUAUACAUUAGGCGUGUGAUAUUUUGCAUUUACAGCAUUACUGCUUGUUUUUUGUCCAGUUACCUCCAUCAUAUUUGACUUGAAUUCUAGGACAUCAUUUUCCUUUCACCAGAUUUUGGGUCACUGAUUUUACGACGAGCACAUCCACCAAACUGUUGCCAAGCCACACAAACACGAAAAGACUAUUCCUCUUGCAUCUUUACCCAGAGGGACAAUAUGGACAACUGUUGACUCUUCAGAGCGUUCAAGUAAAAUAUUUGUCAGUUUGAAAAAUGACACUUGAAACUAUUUACGUGUAAAAAAGUGGCUCUUUAUACUACACUAAAAAUGCUAUAAUGUUUGAAUAAGAAGUUCUGUAACUGAAGGUUGCAAAAUCAUUUUGAAAAAUAUGACAACACACAUUUGGCUUCAGUGUAGUUUCUGUUGUUGAUGCUUUUUGUGUUUGUUCAGUGCUGAAUGUAAUGUGGGUGUAGUAAAGGUAUUUUUCAUAAAAUGGAAGUGUGUUGGACCUUUGGA